AUGGUGCUCAUCACUCUGCAAUUGUUAUGUUCGCUCCUUUUCAUCACAUCGGCCGUCGCACAACGGACAAACUUCCCAGUGUUACCAAGACCCAACGAUUAUUCAGACGGCAAAUUUCUGGUCCCGAAUACUGCUCAGAACCAAGUCUACCCAAACGGAAUCCAGCUCAAUGUUACUUGGCAGACUACGUUCCCUCAAAUUAAUCUCUUCUUCAUCAUCGACAACAACUUUGCUCAGCCUGUGCAGCUUCUAUCUGGUCUGACUGUCACUUCCUAUCUCUGGACCGUCAACGACUACGGCAAUAAUACAGGCGUUUUCUCUUUCCGAAUCACGAACUCUCGGGGUAGCGACAGCGAUCAGCUUGGAGGCGGAUUCUACACCGGCAACUUUUAUAUCUCGGAUCCUGCCCUUGUCUCACCGACAACGUCGGUCGUUCGAACCACCGCAACAACUACCUCACGAACCUCGACAGAUGCCACCACGGCAACUACGACGUCAACGGCAACCACUGCGCCGAUAUCGACGGCCACGUCUGCGGGCGCGACGACAACUUCGUCGUCUUCGCCGGCUGGAAUAACUGCAAUUCCUACGUCCGAAGCAACUCCACCACCACCAAGUUCAAACAUAGGGGUGGCCGUCGGAGCUGGCGUCGGAGCUGGCGUCGUCAUCAUCGGCCUCAUUGCUGUCCUGAUUUUCUGCUUUCUGCGCCGGCGAAAGAGGCAAAGCGAUGCGCCGGCCAACCCCCAAAACAUCAUCCACGGCGACCCUGGUGCCGCCCAGCUUCCUGCCUAUGCUGGUCAUGAGGCUUAUUAUGCAACGGCUCCAAAAGAGGCAUCAAUGGCCGGCCAAGUCUAUGAAGUGCCUGCAGAGCGAGAGAUUUCGGAAGUCGCCGCCCAUUCAUACUACAAGCCUGGUCAGGGAAUAUCUGCGCAAAGCCCCCUUGAACUACCAGACAACUCCUUCGUCGCUUUUAACCCGAAUCGCAGCGUAUCCGCAUCGCCUUCCAAUAUGACACCUUACCGGACGCCCUCCAACGGGCGCGGUUAG